UUAUUUAGCGCAAUGCUGUCUGGGAAGUGUGCGGAUGUAGUUUUUUCCGCGCUGGUACUGUUCCAUUCAGGUUGAUUUUAUAACCACUAUGGAACUACGUUUCCCAUAUAUCUGGGAAUUCUGUCGAAUCGGCCGUCUGUCAAACACGGAAGGUCAUGCUCAUGUAGAGAUGCGAUGCAUUGCAGUGAGAGGUGUGUGGAAAUAUAAUCGUAUUUCUCCAAAUGGUGAGUCUUAGAUCAGUCAACCUUCAACUACUCUUUGGUUGUUUCUUAUAGUGAACGCAAUGUUUCCUACAUUUUGAAUAGCGACAAUAUCCGGCAUUCAUAAUUCCUGCUAGCUAACGUUAAUGCAAGUUUUGAACCCCACUUGAAUUGGGAAAACCUGUUUGUUAAUAACUCUCUGUCACUGACACGAUGCUGAGGAAUCUUGUGAGAUUGCACAGUCGUGUGGGGCAUGCCCUCUCUCCCCCCAUUGUCUGCCCUAGAAGUCAAGUUCUCAAGCUGCCGCUCCCUCUACUCUCUGUGAACUCAAAAUAUUACUCCAUUAUCACAGAAAGAAAGAAAUUCUACGAGGAUGUCAGCAUAUCCCACGGAGAGGCAGGUGGCAUGUUUGAGAUCAACCUGGACCAACGGAAACUGAAGACACCAGGAGGAAAGCUGUUCACAGCCCCCAACGAAGCCUUAGCCAUUGCCGUGGCGAAUGAGUGGGAUACUCAGAAAGACACGCUCAAGUUCUACAGCAUGCAUAUGACCACUCUCUGCAACACAGCCCUCGAUAACCCUACAUUCCGCAGCAAGGACCAAAUAAUCACUGCUGCCCUCAAGUAUCUGGAGACUGACACAAUUUGUUACAGAGUUGAGGAGCCUCCAUCUUUAGUGGAGCUUCAGAAUAAUGAAUGGGACCCUGUGCUGAACUGGAUCGAAGACGGGUACAACGUAGUCAUUGGCUCUUCUACCAAUAUACUGGGGCCAGAGAUCCCACAGGCAACGAUGAAUACUUUUCGCCAGCACCUGGGUUCCUAUAACUUCUGGUCCCUGACAGGACUGGAGUAUGUGAUCACCCAGCUGAAGUCUGUGGUGCUGGCAUUUGCAUUGAUUGACAAACACAUUACAGUGGAGCAGGCUGUGCUGCUGUCAAGACUAGAGGAGGAGUUCCAGAUCGGGCAUUGGGGAAAUGUAGAGUGGGCUCAUGAUGUUGACCUGUAUGAGCUGAGAGCACGUACAGCAGCAGGGGCUCUGUUUGUACAUUUCUCCUCUGAGAGUUCAACGGUCAAACGCAAUCUCAUGCAAGACUAAGGAGGCGCUUCCCCUGAGUCAAACAUACAAGCUCAGACAGCACUCUAAGAGCAAAGACAACAAAGGCAGUGUACUGGCCUCUGACUGGGAAGAAAUCCCAACUCAUUAGGACUUGAAUUUAUCUCUGGUGUUGUCCUUGGUGGAACAAAAACACAUAUUUUAUCUACCCAGGUCCGUGACAUAAUCUGCAGUUUAUAAAACGUCCUGUGAUGAUUCAUUUCAGUAAAGAGGAACCGUCUCCUCUCCCACUCCUUCCCUGUAAAGUACAGCCAAGUAUGAUGAUCAUCUCUUCUACAUGUGUUUUGAAUCACUAACCAGGUUUCCAUCCAAAAAUGUUUAUGAGAGUAAAGUACACGUGGGACAAAAAUAUCAUGGCAGGCUUGAUGGAAACAGAACAUUUGUCUGCAAACUUUACAAAUGUCGACAAAACACAAUAUGAUAGACAAGUUGGGAUCUUUUUGUAUCUGUCAAAUUAAUUACAUGAGAAACGUUGGUGGAAAUUACUUUAAGUAUUGAUAUAUUAACCAUCAUAUCGAUGUAAAUUUGGGAGUCGGCUGAUAACGUGUGGUUCUCCCACUAUGACUAGUCUGGAAAGUAUACAGUUUGGGAACCACUGUAUUGGUCUACGGAUUAAAUAAAGUGUACGGUGAUCAUCUCAAUUGAUGCCCCUUUCCAAUAAAUAUAGAGGGUCUUAUUCUGGUGACAUGAUCAUCGAUGCUUGGCUGCUGUUUGACACAAAAUAAUCUCGUUAUGUACAAUGGCCUAUCCGCACGUGCUGUUUGCUAGGUCGCACGUGCCAAUACCAGAGUGGGCACACUCGCUAUAUAACGCACAUUGUUUUGUGAGAGAACUAUCAGUAGAGUUGAAAAUUCGAUUGAAACCCAUUUAACUUGUUUUUGUUAUUCGGUACAUGGGAAUUUAACGCAAUGGGUAGGUGCGUUAUGUCAUCACGCAUCUACGUCAUUGAUGGAACCAUAUCUCUGGGUGGGAAAAUGCGUAUUUUGUUCUUAUGCAGAUUUUUGAAUAUUCGUAUGAAAAUCUGUUCCCAAUUGGAUGAAAACCUAGCUAGGUACCUCAGUCAUCAGUGACUUUUUGGAACGUCGGAUGUUUUUAUGGAAACAGUAAGUGUUACCCUCUGUCUGUUUCUGCCCAGACGUCUCACCCACUCCCACUGUAUUUAUUAUGUGGUGACUAGCUUGUACAAAGUUUACUCUUUUGCUUCAGUAGAAAUUGAACAAAUCUAUCAAUGGGUCAAACUGACUCAAUUAUGUUUGUUACAUGUACAGCAGGGACAUACAUCACCAGCUUUUUUGUCUAACAACUUUGCAUCAAACCCUAAAUGCAUUAGAAUAAAAAUGACAUGGAAACAC